UAAUAUUAUCUACGUUAAAGCUAGAUUAAUUAAAAAAAAUGAGUAUAAUAUGACGCAAUGUGGACUUAAGAUAUAUUCUUGGUUAUCAAAAUUGUAUUAAACGAUAAUUAAAGCCUCUUUUUAUCAAGUAACGAAACUUUAAUUUCUUUUUUCUUUAGAGUUAGUAUACGUGACACAUGCAUCUCUCAUAAUGUAUACGAUCUGGUUUUCUCGUUUCUUAUUGUCACCGAAUUUCGAAUCGAACAUUUUGUUAUCCGUUAUAUACAUGAUUGAUGUGUUAUAUAAGAUUGCUUCGAAUAAAACUAAUUAAAGCGUAAUUUUCAUACCGAUUUAACAGUCAAAUUGCUCACCAAGAGUUCCUUAACGAAUAUUUAUCGCGUCAUAUAUGCAUUCCUAAGUUUGAUCUGAAUGGAACCUUUGAUCUUCUUGAAAAGCCACAUUUAACCGAGAUAAUGCGGAUAAAUAGCGUUCAUAAAGUUCACCGCUUUUAUAAUUACCGCUUCUUGGAAUAAUGCAUUUAUCGCGCCACUGAUAACAUAAAUUACGUGUCUCACGCGUAAUUAUACAAGAUUAUUUACAAUCAAUUAUUAUUUUUAUGUCGACUAUACUACCGUUUCAAAGUAUCAGAAUGUUUAAUGAUUUUUUACAAGAUGUAUUUCAAUGAUAGAAUUGUGGCUAAAUUGAGCAAUGAUUUUAUUCUUUAUAAUCAUUAUUAUCAUUCGAAAGAAAUGAAAUUCCAAAAAUCAUUCUUUGAACUUGAAUCCAUAAUAAAUUAUUUAAAACAAAAUCGAUGAUAAUUUAUUUCGAAAUAAUCAUUAACGAUGAUCAUGUCGUAGGAUAUAUAUUUUUGAAUUAUUUUGCCAUCUUUCUUGAUAUUCGUAUCAACAUACUGAUGAUUCGAUCAUUUUUCUAUCAUAAUUCGUAGUGCAAGGAAAGUCAGCAAAAUUCUAUAGCUCAAAAAGCGGAUCAAGAAUAGAGAUCAAGAGUAGUAAAAUUACAGUGAAGACUUAAUGAAGUAUUCAACAUAAUUUUAUUAUUAUUAUUGAUUUCUGUCUUGUUUUGAGCUAUAGAAUCUUCCUAACUUCAAUUAUAACACGAGUUUCAUUUGUACACCCACGAUGUAUUCUUGUUCAUUGAACUGUUGCAUUAUUUUUCUUACGGAAAACCGGUUGUUUGGAAUAACUCGUUACCCUUCCAGUAAAUGAAUUUUCAUAGGAAUAAUGAAAUACAAUGGAUCCUCUGUUCUCUGUAAUUUAACACUAAUCAUGUAAUCGUCACUAUACCUAAUACAAUUUUACAACCUCUUAAAUUCUACAACUGUAUCGAUUUGUAUUUAUGAAAGAAUUAAUUCUGUUAUAAGCGAUAAAACACUUUUAAUAACAGUGUUGUUUCACAAAUAACACACAAAUCGCGUCAUGACUAGAAAGGAAGCCGAUGUCUCGCGAUAAACUUACGAAACGAAGGUACGCAUAUCGAUCACGAGGUGCUGAUGAUUAUUUGAAAAUAGGAAAAAAUGUGGCUGAAGGAUGUGCAUGACGACGCCUUACUGGCUGCGAAUUUCGUAAACUCGCGACGCAGCGUCCAAAACGAAAUUUUUGUGAAUCGUAGCCUUCAUUUAGAAAAUAUCAAGUUCUAUGGAUUCGACAUGGAUUACACGUUAGCAGAAUACAAGUCGCCACAGUACGAACAACUGGGUUUUACACUGUUGAAAGAUCGUCUAGUGUCCUUGGGAUAUCCACAGGAAAUUAAAGCAUUCGAAUAUGAUCCCAGUUUCCCGGUGCGGGGACUUUGGUUCGAUACUCUUUAUGGGAACCUCCUUAAAGUGGAUGCCUAUGGAAACAUCCUAGUUUGCGUUCAUGGUUUUGAAUUUUUGAAACAUUCACAAGUAUACGAACUUUAUCCGAAUAAAUUUUUACAAUUAGACGAGUCCAGGGUAUACGUGCUCAAUACAUUGUUCAAUCUUCCUGAGACAUAUUUAUUAGCCUGUUUGAUAGACUUUUUCACGAAUUCACCGCAAUACACGCGAGAAAAGACAGGGGUAAAAGAGGGAGAGCUUACAAUGAGCUUUAAAAGCAUAUUCCAAGAUGUACGAAACGCUGUAGAUUGGAUACACCUUCACGGUAAUUUAAAAACGAAAACUAUCGAGAAUUUGGACGAAUACGUAAAGAAAGACAAGAGAUUGCCGAUGUUUCUUAAUAGAAUCAGAGAAAGUGGAGCAAAAAUAUUUCUUUUAACGAAUAGCGACUACGUCUUUACUGAUAAAAUUAUGACUUAUCUUUUCGAUUUUCCACAUGGUGCAAAGCCUGACGAACCGCAUAGAAAUUGGAAAACGUAUUUUGAUACUAUCGUAGUAGAUGCUAGGAAACCAUUAUUUUUUGGUGAAGGUACUAUUUUGCGGCAAGUAGAUACCAAAACUGGAGCUUUGAAACUUGGAACACACAAAGGCCCACUUCAUACAGGAGAAGUUUACUCAGGAGGUUCCUGUGACGUAUUCACCGAAUUAAUAGGUGCAAAGGGUAAAGACGUAUUAUAUGUUGGUGAUCAUAUCUUCGGUGAUAUAUUGAAGAGUAAAAAGAUCAGAGGAUGGCGAACAUUUUUAAUAGUGCCUGAACUGGUGCAAGAGCUUCAUGUUUGGACGGAUAAAUGUCAAUUAUUUGCCGAGUUACAGAAUUUAGACGUUAUGCUAGGAGAAAUGUACAAAAAUUUAGAUAGCAGCACAAAAGAAAAACCUGAUAUUUCCAAGUUGCGAGCAUCUAUAAGAGACGUCACGCACAAAAUGGAUUUAUCUUAUGGAAUGAUGGGUUCAUUAUUCCGCAGCGGAAGUAGGCAAACCUUUUUCAGUAGUCAAGUAGUAAGGUAUGCUGAUCUUUAUGCAGCAACCUUUUUAAACCUCAUUUAUUAUCCAUUUUCAUACAUGUUUCGAGCUCCUGCUAUGUUGAUGCCUCACGAGAGUACAGUUGCUCAUGAACAGAGAUUUGUUAUGGAAACGCCAAUGAUUAGUCGAUCUCGGACAUUCAAACUUACUGAUGAAGAAGAAGAAGAGAAUAAACCUACUAAAACUUUGUACGUGGAUUGUCCGAAUAAUCAAAUACCACACCCAAGGCCAGAAACUCCACGUAAUGUGACGCAUACCCAUGAUGAAGAUUGUAGUGAUGAAGACAGUGAUUCUCAGAAACAAGCAAACCAUAUAAGAUCGUGUACAAGGAAUUCUAAUUGUAAAUGAAUUACUUUCACUGACAUUUCAUUUGGUUACAUUUUGUUCUUGCAUUCUUUUUUGACCAUUUACUAAUAUCACGAAAGGAUUCAGUAAAAUCUUGCUAUAUAAAUAUCUAUGUUUAAAAAUCUUGAUCAAAUCUAUUAAAAUUAAUCAAUAAUAUAUCUCAUUCCUUUGUUUGCAUGAGAAAAAUUAUUGUAAUUGCAUUAAGUUUCCAUCACAUUCAUAAAAUAUAUAUUCCCGAAUGAUUAUAAUAUAUAAUAUUAAUACAUAUAAAGGGUAAGGGUAAAAAACAAGGAAUGUUAAUUUUUCUUGAUUUUCCAUUUUAUAACACAUUGUUCUGAUUUGAUAGUUUUUUAGCCCCAGUUCUCAUAAAAUUAUAAUGUUCAAAAUGUCUCCAUAAGAUAGCAUUAAAAAUUUGAUGUUCUGGUUAAAAACAGGGAAUAUUUACUCUGUACUGGAAUAAAACAUGCAUAAAAAUGAUGAAUAUUUUAUUAAUUAUUCUUUUUUAUAAUUUUUAAGUAAGAUAGGAACUUAAUUUUAUGAACAAUCCAGUUGAAUUCAUUCAACAUUGUUCCUUCUCUAGUGGACUAAAAUAUUAAAACUUAAUUUUUUCAAUAAAGUUAUUUUGUGACAUUCCUCGUUUCUUCCCCUUAUCAUUAUGGAAACUAAAUUUUUUUUAUUAUCAUACAAAAUACGAGUCAAGAAGUUUUAUUAUCAUACAAAAUAUAAAUUAUUAUAGAUAUCAGUGUAAAUUAGUUUACACAUAUAUAUUUUCGUUGAUUUAAUUCAAUAUUUAUUUAAAUAUAUGUAAAAUAGUACAAGGUAUAACAAAAAGAUUUAGGUACUCAUAUACAAGUUCAUAAGUUAGUACAGUUGAACCUCGUUUGUUCGAACAUGUCUGAGGACAUAACAGUUCGGAUAACCAAACAGUCCCAAUAAUAGACGUUCACGCGUAUAUUCGUUAUAAGAAUAAAUGUUUAUAUGUAUUAUGAAAUUUCGCUCAACCGUAGUUCGGAUAAUUGGGGUUCAGCAUUAACUUCUUUGGAUAAACGAAGUUCUACUGUAUAUUGUAUAUUGGACUAGAACCUAUUCAAAUAUAAUAUAGUUAUUCAUCUAUUUAUAUCAAUAACGUAUUUUUUAUAAAGGACAAUAGAAUUGAUGUUUUAUUGAUUAUUAACAACACAAUAACGUUUUUUGAUUGUAUGUUAUUUUCAACAUGAAUGAUUCUCGCACAAGAAAUUGGCGUUUAUAGAGAUGUUAAAUAGAUACAAUAUUGAAGGAAUAUAUCCUAAUAUUGAAUUUUUCUAGUAAUGUGUGUACUAUAUGUUUUAUAAGUUCAAUCUUAUACGAUAUUAAUUAUAAACUCGUAUGUAUUGUACAUAAGUGUUGUAAUUAUUGAAAAUAGUGUAAGUUUGAGUAGUAGGCUAGCCUUUUUACAUGAAAUUUUAAUUAUACAAAAAGAAUGAUAUAGUAAAAUUUAAAGUAAAAAAAUUAACUUGAACUGUUAUUCAUUUUUUGCUGUAUAAAUUGAAUGCAUAUAAAAUGUGUUUUCAUUUUUUUGUAUCUAUAUAGAUGUAUAACUUUAUUGCCAUCAAACAAAAUUUAGAAGUACAAAAUUACUAAACUGUUUUACAAAAGAUAAACCCCCAUAUUCAUUAUAUACAUAUAUACGAACUAAAGAACAAUAUAAUUUGUACAACUCAUAAAUAUUAUAAACUAGAAACUUCAGUUUAUGCUUUCAUUUGCAAAUUUCAAUCGAUGUAAUUUAUGAAAUGAUUUGUAUUAUGUAUAAAAAUGGAAAUUUUACUCUUUUCUCAAUGAAAUAGGAUAUAUUAACAGUAAUGAAAGAAAUAAAAAUUGUGCAUUAAAAUUAUUUAAAUCUUAUGGCUAACUUAAAAAUUUACUUUAUUGUCAAUAAUGUAUGUGGUUGUUGAAAAUAUUUGACUGCAAUAAAAAUAAAUAGUUGUAUUUAUUAUACAAUAUACACAUAUAUGUAUAUAUAUACACAUUAUUACCUGUGGUGCUAGAUUUUUUUCACAACAAGGUUUUGUUGUAAAUGUAAGUAAAAAAUAACAACAGUUAUCUAAGUGUGUAAAAGUUAAAAAAUAUGUACUAAGUCUUGUUAUCAUGCAAUAUAAGGAUAGAACAUGAGUUACGCAUCAAUCAAAAUAAAGAUACAAUAACUGCAAA